UUACAGAUGUCGACAUAUAAGUCGGCCUAUAUAGUCACUACAUGGCGUUUCAUAUCAUUCAGAAUCCUAUUUCUCGAUAUUGAGAUUUGUCUUUUUCUAAUAACACAAAUGGUUUUUGAUAUCAAGAACAGCAGAUGGGUUUUAUGGAUAAAUUUUCUUUCAGUUUUGAUCACCCCCUUUCACAUACACUGUAAUAAUACCGGUGCUAAUUUAAUACCAGCUCGGUAUAUAUCUAUGUAGUAAGCACCAGAUGUGUUGAAACAGCACCACUUGGCUUAAGGCCCAACACCAGAUAGGCGUUUAAACAACACUAACCAAUAUCGGUUUGACUCUUAACCGGUAUUGUUACAACACUUCCCUGUUGUUUUCCGAUAUAGAUACCGGGCUGGUGUUAAAUCAAAACGCGGUGAUUUUUUGUUGUGUAGAUAAUAUUGAAAACGUUUGUCACACGAUUAAGAAGAUUGUUUGAGUAAUAGUACUAUAACCUUACUACGAAAUAUAGAUACAUGUACAAGUACAGACAGCAUUUCUGGAAAGUCAUUGCAUGUAUAAUUUAUAUAAUAUAAUAUAAUUUCAUCACUUAUUAAAGGGCAACCCAUCCCAACCCAAACAAAAGUUGAUUUGAAUGAAUGGUGAAAGUUCCAACAACGUUAAAAGUGAAAAUUUAUUAUUUUUUUAAUCUGAUGUAAAGUAUGUGAAGUAUAGUGAAGGAUGUGAAGUAUAGAAGAUGCGACAUUUAAAAGUUUUGCUUUAAAGGACAACUCUACCCGGAACCCCAAAUAAAAAAAGUUGAGGAAGUAAGACUUGACUGUAAAGAGAUCAGUCGAAACAAUCAGGUGCAGCUCCUGUCGGUCCAUGUCAAUCAAUUAUUGCUCUCUCAGCUUGAACGCAGUUAAUUAAUGCAGCUAUGUAACCAAGGUUCGAAUUGGUCUAAUUAACUUGUGUCAGUUGGUCUAAAGUAAUACUGGAAGUUCGUAUCCCCUUAAGGGCGAUGUGGCGCGCCUGUAAUCCACACUACAUAAGAAAGUCAAGAACUAAUGCAAAGUUCGAGCCCUGGAUGGUCACGUCUUCCGGAUGGUGACGUUAUAACAUGUCGGUCCUAACUCCCAAAAGUAAUCAUAUUGAUACACGUCUGUAAACGUUCCAGUACACACAUAUCUUUUCUCUUUAUGGCAUAGAUAUAGGAAUAUCAGGGACACGUUAGUCACUAACAAUGAGAAUUCCCUGUACCAAUCACCGUGCUCAUUGUUGCUGGGAUGAUUUUUACCAGACACGCAAUCUUUCCAAUUGCCUAUUUUGUCCUAAUGCCGCUAGGAAUUACGAUAUACAACACUUAUAAAUUUUAGUACUGUGACCUUUCAUUGGACUCCUGCGUGGACGAGUAGGCCUAGUGUCGGUAUAAGUAUAUGCAUAAGGAUAAAUAUUCCCGCAGCAUGAAGUUGGGAUAUUGAUCGUACAGUUUAAUGUACGAUUGAUUGUACAUUGUGGCCUAUGCAAUCAAUCGUAGCUUUGUGUUACAUCCACCAGGUAAACAUGGGGAUUGUAAUAUACAUUUGACAAAGGUCACUUUUUUCAACGCCUGGAAUAAAUAAACAAUAAUUUUUUUAUUGCAACGUCGUAAAAUGUAUAACUUGGCGUCAAUAAUCACGAGUCGGCAUGAUAAGCCAUUUCGAGAGUCGAGAUAGGUACAGCUAUAGGGGUGCAAAAUCAUGUAUACUGGCGCCAAAACUCGCGAUAGUGAGCGUGGUCAACACAGGUGCGAAAGCUUAUAUCAUAUAGGCUAGGCCCUACCCAUAAUAAUUAUAUAGGUCUAUGAUGUUUGCCUCAAGCCUUUACCCGUCUCUUAACUAUAUGGUGUAUUUGUGUUUCUUUAUAUCUGUAUAUGAAACUGAAAUGAUUCCUCAUAAAAUCACAUUAAUCUGUUAAUCCGGCUUAUACUUCAUGCACGCACGUAUAGAUGGUUUUAUUGUUUGGACUAUGAUCGAUUCUCCCCGACGAACGUGUUAGCAUUGUGUGUGCUUAUGUGCAUUAAUUUUCAGAGUGAAUCGACUAGACAAUAUGAUAAAUAAGAACAUAGUCCACUUUUACAUCGGUGGCGGCUGCAGCGAUCCCAGGUAUAGGACAGACGCGAUGAAUGCAUUGUGGUAUAUAUAGCGAGGGGGUGUCGAGCAGCCCCUUAAACCCGCGGAACAUCCCCAAGCAGACACGAAUCACUUCGAGCUACACACAGUACUACCCUGAACUUGAAAUUGUAACACUGUGUAUGUUGAUUCCUUCUACAUACAUCCAUACAGGGCUUAAUGUGGUAUACGUGUCGACAAAGUGAACGACUGUGCAGCAAGACCAUACUUCUAUUUUGAGUGCAAAAUAUUCAUCUAACCAUGGACCGAAAAGUGAAAAGAACAGGAAAGACAGACGCCAGAGACAGUGACACAGAUGCUGAUCUACCACCUGAACCUAAAAGGACAAAGGCGAGCAAAGAGAAACAAGGAGGUGGACCAGGACAGCUGGAUACGAGUGCUGAAAAGGGUAGUAAGAGGAAGAGGCCCGUCCCUAAAGAGCUGAAGAAAAGGAAAAAACCGAAAACGGAUGAAGGAUCGGAUUCUGAGGUUGAUGAUCAAAGUAAGGAGAAAGAAAGGAAAGGGUCAAAGGCGGGAGAAAAGGCAAAGUCAAACGCGAGACAUGAUACUGAGAAUGAUAGGAUCGACAGUGCUUCCACCAGAUCAGAUGACUCUGGCCAUGAUCGAGUCGAUGAUGAUCUCAAUUCGGCAUCCGAAGAAGACGACGCAGAUGAGGAAGAACCCAUGGAUUAUGCAGAAGAGGCAACUGAAGAUAUCAGCAAUGAAACCCAGCCCGAAGGAUCCAAGCCGCAACGUGGAAACUCGAUGAAUUUCCAGUCAGUUAGGCAGGAACUCACCCGGCCACAUAAGACGACACCCAUUACCCAACAUGACACGACCGCAUCUGACCAAAAAGAUAAUGCACCAAGACUCACUGGCAAUAAAGCCUUCUCUCCUCGUAGGACGGAGAAGAAAGUAAAUAUUACACAAGAAUCGUACUAUCCUACAAGUCGACAGAGGUACUCACAGCAAUCGCGGCAAGAUUCCGCCAGGUACAGGAAUCAGACUCUUUCGUCAGUCCCUCCUGGACAAAGAUCUUUUCAAACCCUAAGAACUUACACCAGUUCAUCAGUCACAAGCAGGAACAUGAAAGAAGGGCGAACUUCUGGUCUAAGCAAGGAAGCAAAAACAUCUUCUCAUGGGCAUGGUGGGUGUCGAAAGUACUGUUUAAUUUUGAUAUUUCUUGCUGCAUUUGUCGUUGCUAUAUUCGCCUACGUAAUUAAGAAUGAUGUCAUAAAGAUGGAUGAUUUGCCAACUGUGGUGAAAGAUGUUGGGUCCUCUGUGUUUUCCUCCGAGUGUGUGAAAAGGAUGCGAUCUGAACGGUUUGAUAUCUUGAUGCAAGAACAAGACAAUCUUCUCAAACAGUACCCGAGCCUUGAUGAAUCAGCUCUCCCUAUCAUUGCCGGUGCUUCCUUCGACCACGUAAAUGACCACCAUGAACUUGCAAGACCGGUCGUCUUGCUACUUGUCGGGAAAGACGGCGGUAAGACCAAUGUCAAUGACGUCGCUCACAGCGUCGCUACGAUGUACGCCAACGUCUUUUCAUCAGAGCGUCACGAGAACGACGUUGUAGGGAUCGUCGGCGCAUACCUCGAGGAGUCCUCUGCAGAUGAAGUGAAGAAAGAAGUAGAAAGCCACAUAGAGAAAGGCUUCAGUGGUUGCUCCAGCGUCGCCCUCAUUACCGAUGUCGACAAACUUCCUCCGUGCUCAGCCACGAUGUUCCAUGCUUACUGUGACAACGACAGCGCUCCUCAUAAAGACGCGGUCUUCAUCUUUACCUUGACGCUUAAUGCCGAGUUGAAAGAAAACGCACCAACUUCAGAAGUUGAAAAAGCAGUCCAAGCGCAGCUCAGCGAUAGUUGGAGUAGAUGUCCUGAAGAAUUUUCAGCGGCUAAGAUUGUAGCAAUGCACAGCCGCGUUGCAAAUAACAUAGUCAUCAUCUAAUUAAUCAAAAGUUAAGAAUCAAAUACAAAAUAGAGUGAUAUAAUGUCAUUGAGUUCCCACCAGAUUCCAAUGUUUUUGUUUAGUGUUUUGGUUUCUUUAUAAUGUAAGGAUUCACUGGCCAAAGCUAACUCCGUAAGGUGGUCUCAUCAAUAUUGCUAAACACCUGAUUUGCCACAGUAUUUCAAAAGUCAAAACCGACAUAGAAAUAUACUGAUGUAUUUUUCUAUUCUAAUAAUUUCCUGCAUUCUUUCUUCACAAAUGUUAUACACCAAGCAGGUUGAACCCUGUAAAUAUUUGCCUGAGACCGCUAGUCAAAACAUUCUAUCAUGGAUCCAUGAUUCUAUAGAGUGCACAUAAAAUCGUAUUCUACAUGAGGGCAUAAAAAUGUCAACGCAAUUGAUAAACUCAGAAACAUUACACCCUUUCUUAAAUGGAUGCUCCGGGCUGAGAAUAUCUAUAUCUUAAUAAAUAGAAUAAAAUUAACAGAGCAAAAUGCUGAAAA